AGAAAUAUUUUAAGUUUAAAUUCUUUUUAGCUAAUAUAGCUACUUCAUUGAUCAUUUACAUUAAGCCAAGUGAAUUUAAACAUGGCCCACUGGUUCCACCGUAACCCAUUCAAAGCAACAGCUGCUCAAUCUUUUGAUGUUAGAAAAAUUUCAAUGAAGUCCGAUUUCAACAAAGUGAUGGGAGACCUUAGAAAUGCAAGGAAUGCCUUAUUGUCUUUGUUCAACGAUCCAUUAGCAUCUCCUGAUAAAAUGGAGUCAGUCAGCAGUGAUUACUUCUCCUUAAUUCAAGGUUUAUUUGAAGUUCCUGCUCCAACUACAGAUGAUGCCAGCACUUCUCAGACAGAGACCACAACUGAAAUAGAGGAUUCAAAAACUGAAAAAGAAAAAGACAAUAAAAAAGAUAAAAGUAAGACUGAAGAUGAAAGACCUGUCGGCAUGGCAAUAACUCUAAAAACCUUCUUUAAGUUUAAGUGGACGCAGACAUUAUAUGUUGGCAAACCUCCAUUGGUUGAAGAUGAUGCAGAGUUUGAUUUCGUCAACAUGGGGAUUAACGUUGCACUUUGGUACACCAAACAUGCUGCUAAACUUGCUGCUCAACCAGAAUUAAAAAUGGAAGAUGCAAAAGAAAUACACAGCUGCUUGAAGAAAGCUGCUGGUAUGUUCAAAGAGUUCAAGGAUAAUCAAGCUGGAAAACUAAAGAAUCCACCUCAGAAAUGUUCCGAUUUAGAUCCAAAUGUGUUGGAAUGUUAUAUCAUGUGUUGUCAGGCAGAAGCUCAAGAAGUGACAAUUGCAAGAGCGGUGGAGAAGAAGCAUAAAGAUUCCCUGAUUGCUGCACUUGCAAAUGAAACUUCAAAAUAUUUCCAACAAGCUGACCAUAUGCUCAACUCAAAAGACCAAAUCAUUGUUGGAAAAUGGAGAAAAUAUCUUCAACUGAAAGAAAAGUUUUAUAAAUCAUAUGCGUUAUGUUAUUAUGGUAGUGGAUUGCUAAGUGAUGAGAAAUGUGGAGAUUCAGUUCGUUGUUUAAUGGACAGUAAUCAAGCUUUUGAAGAAACAGACAAACUAUGCAAGGAAUACAUCACAACCAAAGGAGCAGGAUCAACCAUAAGACCUCACGAACAUGCGUUUUACAGAAAUUUUCAAAAAGAUUUACAAAGAAAGUUAAAGAAAAGUGAAUCAGAGAAUGGAUUUAUAUACCAUCACAAAAUCCCUCCUGUUGCCCCCAAUAUGUCCUUACAAGCCACCCAUGGAUUAGUUGAACCAACUCCAUACACUGUACCAUUUCUAAGUUCAAGUUGGACUAAAGCAGUUUAUGCCGGUUUCAGCAUCAGUAAGAACGUUGCUCAAAAUAAAAAGUCCAAAGUAAAAACAGAAAAAGAAGGCGAAAUCCAAAAUAUAAAAGAACCUGACAUUAAAGUAACAAAGGACAAUGGAUGUAUUGUUUCGUGAUUAUUUCUAUUACAUAUAAUUAAUCACGAUGUAUGCAGUUCAUUCAAAUAACGAAGCAAUAUAAUCGUGUAUGGAAUACGCGCGUGUAAAGUAUUUUGCACUUGCUAGUCGUCACGUCAAUACCCUCUGUUAUUAACGUAUUGUGAGUCGUGCGUACAUUGCGUUAUUACGUAUACACACGUAACGUGUAUCACGAUAAUUUAUUCACAGUUGGGGAUAUUUUAUUGAUUAAAACUGCUAUUAUUUCUUUCCUUGUGUGAUAUGUAAAAGCGUAAGUGAUGUACCAUUAUUUUAUUUACUUGUGUAUAUUUUGAACAGUUUUAUCAAUUGUUUAUUAUCCUUCUUACUGUAAAUAUGGUACCGUGGGCAUUUGAAUUACUGCAGUAUAAUAUUAAAUCAGCCCUAGCUUG